AUGGCUCCACUGGAAACGCCAGUUAAUGCGCAGCUCUUCAUCAACGGCGAGUUCGUUGAUGCUUCCGAUCAGAAGACGUUCGAUCUGAGCAGUCCUUACUCAGGAGAGCACGUCGGCAAAAUCGCCGAAGCCACUGUCGUGGAUGUCGACACCGCCGUAUCUGCAGCUGAAGCGGCAUUCCCUUCCUGGAGCAGCCUCUCGCCUACGCAGCGCGGAAAGCCCCUGGCAAAGCUCGCCCAGCUCAGACAAGACGCCACGCCCGAGCUCGCGCGGCUUGAUGCACUCUCCAUUGGCCGACCUGUCGGAACCUAUUUCGACGGCCACUAUGCGACUAUGCACUUCCGCUACUUCUCGGAAGCUGCUUAUCCAACCGGUACCUCGUCCCUCAACACCCCAGGCUUCGUCAACAUGAGUAUGCGUCAGCCUUAUGGUGUGACGGGCGUUGUUAUCCCUUGGAACGCGCCCCUGGUCUUCCUGAGCAAGAAGCUCGCACCAGCACUGGCAGCCGGCAAUUGUAUGAUCCUGAAGACUUCGGAGAAAGCACCCCUGUCGUCGCAUCUAGUAGCCACCAUGCUGAAUGAAGCUGGCUUCCCUCCAGGAGUGAUCAAUAUACUGCACGGGCACGGUAUGCCUUCCGGUGAUGCGAUCAGCAGACAUAUGCGCAUCCGCGCUCUGUCGUUCACUGGUUCCGUGCGCACAGGUCGGCUGAUCCAGAAGGCAGCGGCUGAGAGCAACUUCAAGCACCUGGUCUUCGAGAUGGGUGGCAAAAGCCCGGCACUUGUCUUCGCAGACGCGGAUCUAGAGCAAGCGGCGCAAGAAACGCAGUCUUCGAUCAUGUUUCACAGUGGCCAGACGUGCUUUGCCAACUCACGGCUGUACGUGGAGGAGAGUGUUGCGGAGAAGUUCAUGGCCUCGUUCAAACAGAUGGCCUCAGCACGAAAGCUGGGAGAUCCGCUCGACAAGGAGACAGCGAGUGGGCCCCAGGCGGAUAAGGCGCAAUACGACACGGUCCAGAAAUAUCUGGAAGAAGGCAAGAAGUCGGGCCAGGUUAUCGAAACAGAUGCGAAGAUGCCUAACGGCGAGCAACACCUCUUCGUCAGGCCGACCAUCCUGAUGAACCAGCCGGAAGAUUCGAAAGUGCUGAAAGAGGAGAUUUUUGGGCCUGUGGUAGCUAUCAAUACGUUUAAGACUGAGGAAGAGGCUCUCGAAAAAGCUAAUGCCACCGAGUAUGGACUGUACGCUUCCGUCUACACCAAGGACAUCGACCGAGCGAUGCGGGUAGCGAAGAGCUUCGAGAGCGGAAUGGUAGGUAUCAACUGUACCUCGCCAACUGGGGCCUGGGAUAUGCCGUUCGGAGGGUAUAAGCAGAGUGGUGUUGGACGGGAGAGCUUCCACGAUAGCAUGGAUGACUGGCUGGAGACGAAGUCGGUUUUCAUGAAGGUGAAAGGGUUGGCUGCGUCGACAGCGGCCAACUCUGUCCUCGGGCGUUAA